GUCUUUUUAUAACAAAUAUAUGUAUCAAUCAUUCAUCAAAGUAUUGCAAGUAGCGAAUAAUAUAUUCCAAAGUCACCAAGCAAGUUCAUGAAUCAAUCCACCAACUAUUUCAUCAUUGAUAUCCACACUGCUUCACUGCUUCUUUGAUUUCAAUUGUUGUAUACCACGUCACGGCCGAUGAUGGAGCGGCCGGGGUGGCGUCUUCCUCGUCGCCGGCCCCGUGGUUGUGGGCGACGUCAUCCUUAUCAUCAGAAGGAGGCAUGUAUGAUGUUUUUCUGAACUUUAGAGGCGAGGACACAAGGUUCUUAUUCACAGAUUAUCUCUAUCAUGGUCUGGCCGAUGUAAAAAAACUCCAAGUAUUCAGGGAUGAUCCGGCUCUGGAACUAGGUGACGCAAUUAAACCUACUCUGAUGGAAGCCAUUAAAAGAUCUAGGAUUCAUAUUGUUGUGAUGAGUGAAAACUAUGUAUCUUCCUCAUGGUGCCUCCUGGAACUAGAGCAGAUGCUCAAGUACUCCAAAAACAAUGGAAACGAACGAUCCAUGGUCCCAGUUUUUUAUCACGUAAAGCCCGCAGAAGUGAGAUAUCAGAUUAGCGCCAAAUAUAAGGAAGCCAUGGAGAAACAUGAAAAGAGAGAAGGCAAAGACAAGGGGGAAGCGUGGAAGUCUGCUCUAUUUACAGUUUGCGACCUAAGUGGACAACACAUUGUUGAGGAGCGAGAUCAUUAUGAAACAGGGGUCAUAGGCAAGAUUGUUGAACAAGUGUCUGCAAAACUUCUAGAGAUCAGGCAACAAUUAAAUAGAUUUGAUUCUCAAUUUGGAGUGGUUGAAUCACUUUUGAACCUUGAAUCUUGUGAUACUGUUGGUGUGGUGGGAAUUUAUGAAGAUCCUAAAAUAGGCAAAAGUUACAUAAGAGUAUUUGCUUUUGAGCUGUACUAUAAGAUCAAAUAUAAGUUCCAAGCAGCAGGUUUUCUUGUUGAUGUUAGUGAACUUCUAAGGAAAACCACCGAUGACGAUCGCUUGGAAAUUUUCCAAAAGGAGCUUCUUUCUGAUAUGGAUGUGAAGACCAUGCAUGAGUUGAAGCAUAAAAAGAUGCUUCUGGUUCUGGAAGGGGUUGAUAGUGAAGAGCAUUUGGAGUUGCUAGUGGGAAUGGGAAUAAGUGAUUGGUUUGGUGGUGGUAGUAGGAUCCUCAUAGCAACAGAAAACAGAAAUCUCUUUCAGGAUUGUCCUGCUGUGAUGAAUGGUGUUAAGCUUGAGAAACAUUGCAUACGUGAAGGUGAAUUCGGGAAGGAAAAGAUUGUGAAGGAGAAGAAGGUAGUGGGAUUUGUGAAAGAAUUCAUCGGUGUAAUUAAUCAACUGAAGGAAGAAGAUUCAAAUAGGAGGAAUGUUGUUUCAAUUAGCGGCAUGGGCGGGUCGGGCAAGACUACUCUUGCCCGAAUGAUCUAUGACAGCAAUGAGGUGAGGGAGGUAUUCCCUUGUCGUGAAUGGGUAACUGUUUCCAAACAGUGCAUUGAAAAGGAAGUUUACAGAAACUGUGCAUAUCACUGAGUAACAAACCAGAUAACAACAACAAUGAUCGCAGAUUAUUGUCCUUUCCCAGAAACGUAGGAUCCUAUGCCUGUUCAGUAGAGACAUGUACGGAAUCACCAACUCGAUCACUAUUCUUUUAUGGAGAUGCAAAGGGGUGGGCCCAACAUAUUUCAGAAAACCGCCGUGUUAAGGUGCUGUAUUUUUCUCAACGAGUAAGUAAUAGAUCAAGAAGUGUCAAGUGUUUGGAAAGUUUGAGUUUGAGUUUGACACCCGACCUCAUCAAGUACUUGAGAAUGGACUUUGGUGACUCAGAUGGGUUGCAUAACUUUCCAAGUUUAGAAACAUUACAUAUACUGCAGGACGCUUGGCCGUUAAUUCCUUUUCAUAGGAUAUCAAUGUCACUGAUUCAUAGGCACAUGCAUAAGGUUUAUGCUAAUUAAUUUCCUUUUCAUGCAAGUUAAUUCCUUUCUAUGCUUUUGCUAAGAUGAAUCAUUCUAGCAUGUAUGUAUGUAUUAUCAAUUCGUGCAGAACUCUCCUCCAUAAUUCAUAUCAUUACAGGUGGUCCUGCAGUCUCACUGUAUUGUAAUGGAGUGUGAUUCUCUUA